AUGUCGAACCCUGUUUGACCAGUACAAGCAAGGGAUGUCUCGAGGAGAGGAAGUGUACUUUCACCUAAAAACAGAAAGAUUGGUAUAAUGUAUGCUAGAAAUCAUUAUUUUAAUUGAUUCUCAGAAGAAUUAAUAUUUCAGAAGCCCGAAAGUGACUCUGAAAUAGAAUAUAUACCAUACGGAUGACAUUUAGUCCUCGGGAGAUAUCUUGAUUCAAAUUAUAUUAAGAAAAUAACCUUUCUCAGGUUCUUCAAUUGCAGUGUUCUCUCAUUAGAAGACAUUAGGAGAGGAAGACCAUAUUUAAAAAAGUUCUUGUCUAACUCGUUCCCAGAGGAAGUAGACACUCUGAUCAUAAGAAAAAGAGGAGGAAAAAUUACUAGAAUGACUUCUUAUUUCGCUGAAAUUAUUAAAAAUAGCCCAAGAGUAUUGGAUAAGUUCUCUAUUCAAGGUUUAAAAAUUAAUCAUCGCCAGUUUAAGAGAUUUUUAAUUUCUUUUAGCCAUGUAAAUUCAGUGGUUCUCUCAUUCUGCAAAAUUUCAGUUCCUCAACCUAUAAGUUUUGGCCGAGUAUUGGAAGAUUCUCAGAUCAAGACACUAGAUUUUUUUGGUUGAGGUAUGGAAGAGUAUUCUGAUUGGCAAAACCAACCUGAACAGCUCAGAAAUUUGAUGGAAGGGUUAACUACUUAUCAAGGAUUGAUGAAAACCUUAUUUACACUCAAAAUAAAGGAUUGUGGUAUUGAAGCACAGAAUGUUAGAAAUAUUUUAGAAGAAAGUGGAUGUAAUCAUCUUUUUAUCAGUAUUUGGUAA